AUUAUUAUGUCAAGACAAGGUCAACUUAUUCAACUAGCGAAAACAUUUGGAAAUACAAAUUAACAGUAUUAUUUGCAUUGUUAAUACAAAGUUCGUAUUCAACUAGGCAUAUAUUUAACAAGUGUAUAUUUAAAAUAAUUUUCCGUUAUUUAACCCUUCACCUUAACAUGAACUGUAACCAUUUUGCUAGUUUAAAACACAUAUUACAUUACAAAACAUUGAAAUUUAUUGUUAUCAACAGUUAGAAGAUGACAGCAAGUCUGGCGUCUGAUACUUUUCGGCAAGUUCGUUUAUUAACCUUAAACGAAGGCCAAAAUGGAGAAUCUACUAUAUUCAGGCUGGAAAAAGGCGAGUUGCAAUAAAAAAUCUACUCAUAAAUUUUAAUUUUUACCGCUAGAUGGCGUAUUUUAUUGUUUAUAAAAUUUAAGUUUGGGAUAGAGUAGGAAAAUAAAUCACUUUUAACGACUUUUGACCUUUAGGGCCUGGAAACUUAAUAUAUGUAUAUGUAUACACUAUAUAUAUAUAUAUAUAUAUAUAUAUAAAUUAAACACUUUAUUAUUGAUUUUAUCAGGAUGGCUACUUCAUUUUGUUCUUGGUCCAACAUUAGCUGGAAAGAAAAUUCGAAUUUUUUCAAAUCAUCCUUUAUCUGGAAAGGAAGCACCAAAUAGAAAUAAUUAUAGGCAAUUAUUUAUAAUUAAUUAAAUAAAUAAUAGUAUGAACUUAUCAUUUUAAAUUAGAGAACUUACAUGGCAAAGUUAUAGCGGUACUAAAUCAGACGGUUAUGAUGAUUAUGCAGAAGUUUUAAUGACAAUUUCUGGUUCGUUUAAUUAUUAUUUCACAGUUGAUUCAAAACAAGAUGGAUCAGGCUACUUUUUGGUUGAUCCAAUACUUAAGGUUGGCGAAUUUGAUGAACGUCUUCCUCUGGAUUCAAUUACCUGUCAAACUUACUUGUCCAAGAAUUUGGGAAAAUUUUCCGAUUGGGAAAAACGAUUGAAGGUCGCUAAAGAAUGUUCUUACAAUAUGGUCCACUUUACACCUGUUCAAAGUUUAGGUGCAUCAAAUUCAGCCUAUUGCUUGCGUAAUCAAUUAGAAUUUAAUCCCGAGUUUGGAAAAGUCUCAGUACAGGAGAUGAAAAAAUUUAUUGAAAAAAUGAAAAAUGAAUGGCAAUGCUUAUCUCUAGUUGAUUUAGUUUUGAAUCAUACCGCAAAUGAAAGUGAAUGGCUACAAGAUCAUCCGGAAUGCGCUUACAAUGUUGUGAAUUCACCGCAUUUAAGACCUGCUUAUCUUCUCGAUAGAAUUCUUUGGAAGUUUGGAUUAGAAGUUGGACAAGGAUUAUGGGAAAUGAGACAGAUUCCAAAAGUUCCAACAGCUUAUCAACACAUUCAAAUAAUUGAAAGAGUAAUAAGGGAUGAAAUUUUUCCAAAAUACAAAUUAGAGGAGUUCUACCUCAUGAAUAUUGAAAAUGUUGUUAGCGAAUUUGAAAAAGCGGCAAGAGAACAAAGACAAUCAACUGAAGGAGAAAUACGCUUGGUAUUUGAUAAAGAAUAUAGAAGAUUAAGGGCAUCGAUUGAUAUAUCGAAGGCGUUAAAUGCAUAUAAUCCAUUUAGGUAUAAUGGUGAAGAUUUUCAGGAUAAAUUAAAAAAGGCGUCUAAUGAUUUAAGUAAUAAGCUGCAGAGUUUAAACGCCGAAAUGAGAAAUACUAUUCAGGAUCACUUAAAUGCUGCUGUUCGAAAUUUUUUGGCCAAUAUCAAUUGGAGAUUUUUAGAUCCUAAUGGACCAAAAUGCAAACAAGUCGACGAAGAUAAUCCGUUAAUGUGGAAUUAUUUCAGGUUGAACAAGGAAGAUAUGACAAUUGAAGAGGAGGAGAAAAUGAUGUUUACAUCUAAAGGACAAUUUUGUAUGGCUCACAAUGGCUGGGUAAUGGGCGAUGAUCCUUUGAGAAAUUUUGCCGAAUCUGGGUCCAAUGUUUACUUGAGAAGAGAAUUAAUCCCUUGGGGGGAUAGUGUUAAGUUAAGAUAUGGUAGUAAACCAUCGGAUUGCCCGUUUUUGUGGCAACAUAUGAAAAAUUAUGCAGUUCUCAUGGCUUCCAUUUUCCACGGAGUUAGAUUAGAUAACUGCCACAGUACUCCUAUUCACGUAGCUGAAUAUAUUCUAGACGAGGCCAGAAAAGUUAGACCCGAUUUAUAUGUUAUUGCUGAACUAUUUACCAGUAACGAAUGGACAGAUAAUAUUUUUAUUAAUCGAUUAGGCUUAACGUCAUUGAUAAGAGAAGCAUUACAAGCCAGUGAUGCGCAAGCCGAAGGUGGCCUUGUGCAUAGAUUCGGAGGAGAGCCCGUUGGGGCGUUUAUUCAGUUACCAGCUCGUCCUCUUGUUCCAACUACUGCGCACGCUAUUCUUAUGGAUCAAACUCAUGAUAACAAUAGCCCAAUAGAAAAGAGAACUGUUUGGGAUGUUCUACCGAAUGCAGCAUUGGUAUCAAUGGCCUCUUGCGCUUCGGGAAGCAAUAGAGGUUAUGACGAAUUGGUACCACAUCAUAUAAACGUUGUUACGGAAAAAAGAAUUUAUCAAUCGUUGGGCGAUAAGACAACUAUUGGAAAAAUUGGUCCUAAGGAUGGUAUAUUGGCUGCGAAAAAGAUAUUAAAUAAAGUUCAUCAAAUGUUAGGAUCGAAUGGCUUUAAUCAAAUUUACGUUGAUCAAAGAGACGCCAACGUUGUUUCGGUUACACGCCACAAUUCUACUAGCCACGAAUCUAUAAUAUUAGUGGCAUACACUGCUUUUAAACAGCCGCCACAUGAUUAUCCAAAAGCUCCAUCAAUGGAAAUAUCUGGAAAAAUUCAGCAGAUAUUAUACGAAGGUAGAUUAGAUAAGAUUGAAGGUGCUAAAUCGUAUAAAAAAGAUGAAAACUUUAUAAACGGAUUAGAAGAAUAUAAAUGCUUUAUUCAGGAAGGGAUUAGUCCAAAGAAUAGUAGUAUGGUAGAGAUAAAUUCAUUAUCCGAUAAGGAAUUAGUAAAUUUUACAAAAUUUCCUCCUGGAUCGGUUAUAGCGUUUAAAGUUAGUCUAAACGCCGAACCGAAAACUGCUAUUUUCCAAUUAAGGCAGUUUUUGUCACAAUUUGGUUAUAGAAUGCAUACCUACAGUGGAAGAAAUCUUGCCGAAAUGAGUAAUACAGAAUUAGAGAGAAUUGUAACAAAAAUGACAUUAAAUGAUUUAAGUAGAACAUUGUAUAGAUGCGACGGAGAGGAAAGAGAUGAUUGUCCAGAAUCGGGAGGUUAUAAUAUACCUGGAUGGGGAGUUUUACCAUAUUGCGGUUUACAAGGUAUAUUAUCAAUAUUAAACGAAAUAAGACCUAAAAAUGAUUUAGGUCAUCCACUCUGUAAUAAUAUAAGAGAGGGUAAUUGGCUAUUGGAAUAUUCGUGUAGUCGUCUAAUUCGUCACGAAGAGACAAAACCGUUUGGUUUAUGGCUAAAAAGAAUAUUUGAAUUUAUAGAAAAGGUUCCAAGAUAUUUAGUACCGUCUUAUUUUGAUGCAAUAAUUACUGGGAUUGUAAUGCUAGUUGAAGAGGUUACUUGGUGUAAAAUGGGCGAAUUUGUUCGUAAAGGAUCAUCAUUUGUGAGAUUACUAUCAAUGGGAUCUCUACAAUUUAUUAGCUUUAUUAAAUCCGCUCCCCUUCCUACUCUCUCUCCGCAUUGUGAUACACCUAGACCGCAAACAAUUAAUCACGGUGGUGUAAAAAUUCAAGCUUGCCCUUCUCUUGCCGCAGGCCUUCCUCAUUUUUCAGUUGGAAUUUGGCGAAAUUGGGGUAGAGAUACCUUUAUAGCAUUGAGAGGACUUUGUCUUAUGACCGGAAGGGAGGAUAUUGCCAGAUUUCACAUUCUUUCCUACGCUGGAACAGUAAGACACGGUCUAAUUCCAAAUUUAUUGGGAGGCGGAAUUGGAGCGAGAUAUAACGCUAGAGACGCAGUAUGGUUUUGGUUACAAUGUAUACAAGAAUACUGCAAUAAUGUUCCAAAUGGAAAACAACUGUUAAAAGAUAGAGUUUCGAGGAUUUUCCCAAAUGAUGAUUCUUCGGCUCAAGAGGCAGGACAUUGCGAAAUGACCUUGGAAGAUGUUAUUCAAGAAUGUCUAACAAAACACGCAAAAGGUAUGAAAUUUCGCGAAAGAAACGCCGGAGCUAGUUUAGACAACGAUAUGUCUGAUGCUGGAUUUAUCGUUGAGUUUGGAGUUAACUUUAAAACUGGCUUUGUCUACGGUGGAAACGACUCAAAUUGCGGUACGUGGAUGGAUAAGAAUGGAAGCGCUCCUAGUAAUAAAGGACGUCCAGCUACGCCACGUGAUGGUAGUGCCGUCGAAUUGGUUGGAUUACAGAGGAGCGUAAUAUCGUGGCUUGCGAAAAUGAAUGAAAAUUCCAUUUAUCCGUACGACGGCGUUGUAACACCUGCAAAAAAGAAGAUAACGUUUAAGGAAUGGACAAAACUGAUUGAUGACAAUUUCGAAAAGUACUUUUUUAUACCAGAAAAUGAAAUUGAAUUAAGAAAUUCGGAUACAAUCAAUCCACGUUUGGUAAAUAGGAGGAAUAUCUAUAAGGAUACUGUUGGAGCUACGAGAGAUUGGGCAGAUUAUCAAUUAAGACCAAACUUUUGCGUUGCAAUGGUAUUGGCACCCGAAAUGUUUACACCAGAAAAUGCUUGGAAGGCAUUAGUACAGGUUGAAAGUGUUUUAAUGGGUCCUCUCGGUAUUAAAACACUAGACCCUCAAGAUUGGAACUAUAAUGGAGAUUAUGUGAAUAGCGACGAAACACGAGGUUAUAAUUAUCAUAAUGGCCCGGAAUGGCUGUGGCCAGUUGGAUAUUUCUUGAGAGCGAAGCUACUGUUUGCCAAAAAGAUAAAAAAUAAAAGACCAGAAAUAGUCAGCGAAACUGUUGCUUACAUUAGAUCUGUUCUCUCUAAUCAUUUUAAUAGUUUACAAAAGUCUGAUUGGAAAUCAUUGCCGGAGUUAACUAAUCACAACGGAUCAGUUUGUUACGAUAGUUGUAUGGCCCAGGCGUGGAGUGUUGGAUGUAUCUUGGAGGUACUCUAUGAUCUUGAGAGUAUAUCGGAAUAA